UACACGCGCAGCUUGAUCAGAUUGGGCUGAGGCACACGGACGGGAUGCUCCUCUCGCGGUGAACUGAGUGCGACUCUAAUCUACACGGCACAGACGGGAGCUGCGAAACGCACGGGGCGCUUUACAUGUCCUGAGAGCACAACCAACAAUCACACACCACUUAAGUAGCAUUCGUGUAUUUGGUCAGAACGCACUCGCAUCGCAACCAUGGCUUUAGACGCGACGAUGAUUCUGCCGGCUAUCUUUUUCACAGUUGUCGCCGUUAUCAUCGGAUCAAUUUUGUUCAAGAAGAAACCCGUAAAAGAGGCACCGAAGAAUAAGCACCAUGAGCAUGAGGAGGCUCCCGCUCGCUCCGUUGAAGUCCACCACGCGACUCCAUCUGAACCACUGGAGAUUCCUGUUUUGGUGAACCACCCGAUUUUUGGGACCACGGUAUCCGCAGAAGCCGAAAAAAAAGCCGUGAAGAAGGUUGAGGAGCCCGUGGCCGCUCCCCCCGUAGUGGAGGACGUUGGAGUGGUCGAGCAGCCUGCUGUUGUCGAGGCUGUAGUCGAAGCCGUACAGAGGCAACCCCAGAGCCCGUGGUGGAACCCGCACCAGAGCCCUGUGGUGGAACCCGCACCAGAACCUGUGGUGGAACCCGCACCAGAACCCGUGGUGGAACCCGUCCCUGAGCCUGUGAUUCCAGAGCCCGAGCCAGCCCCAGUGGUAGAGGCUGUCCCAGAACCCGUCGUGGAACCCGCACCAGAACCAGUGGUGGAACCAGAACCAGUGGUGGAACCCACACCAGAACCAGUGGUGGAACUAGAACCAGUGGUGGAACCCACACCAGAACCUGUUGUAGAGGCUGUGCCAGAAGCCGUUGAAGAGGUUGCACCAGAACCAGUGGCAGAGCCUGUGGAGGAACCUCUGCCCGCAGAACCCACACCAGAGCCAGAACCUAUUGUAGAGGCAGCCCCAGUCGAAGAGGCCGCACCAUCAGAACCGGCCCCUGAGCCCGUCGCAGAACCCAUUCCCGAGCCAGAACACAACGAUGAAGCCGCUGGGCCAGUUGAGGACGAUGAGGUUCCUAAGAUUGUUCCCGGUAAGAAAAGGAGCAAGUUUGAGAAGCGGUUGUCCAAGGAGGAGAUGGAGGAGGAACAAAGGGUGCAGCAGGAGCAGUUGGCGGCCAUCUUCCAGCUGCUGAAGGAGAACCAGGAGACGUUUGGGGAGGUCACCGAGGGUGACAUGGAGGAGCAGCUCAAACUCUACGCCCUGUAGAAUUCAACUCUACACACACUCUACGCCCUGUAGAAUU